AUGGUUAAUCCUGCACAAGAGAAUGUUGAGAAUCGAAAUAUAAUACAGCCGGAUGUUCGAUUUCUUGAGUUUACAGAAGAAGAAACAUGUGAUGGAAAGGAUUACUUAGAAGUUGAAUUGUUGGAAAGUGUGAAUAGUCAUGUGGACGACAAUAAACAUAUAAGAAAUUUGGGGAAGAGAAAAACAAAUGAAACAACUUAUCAAAUACCUGCAAAAAGGUCGAGGCAGUUAAGGUCGUCUGAGAAAGAUAAUGAUUCACCAAAGUUGGAUUCAGGAGUCAAGCAAAUACGAAGUGUAAAUGUUAGUAGUAAUGAAAUGAAAAGUUUCGAAGAAAACAUUGAGCAAAGAUUAAAACAUGGAAAUAAAAGUAAGAAUUGGGAAAGUAAAUUUCCAUUCUGA